AUGGCUGCAAGUGCGAAUCCUUCAGCGGGUCAUAGCAACGGUAAUAAUGAUAAUACUAGCCACAUCAACGGCGGCGGGCAGGAGAAUGCGAAUGGUGGCGCUAGAAGUGGUAACGGCGGGCAGGAGGAUUCUAUGGCGAGAUCUACCCAGGCUGCCCUCCGCCACAACCCCGGCUUGUCAGUCGACUGGUCCCCUGAAGAACAGUCCACCCUCGAAAAUUUACUUACAAAAUAUAACUCUGAUACCACCAUUGUGAGGUAUGCUAAAAUUUCUCAGGCGUUAAAAGAUAAGACAGUUCGGGAUGUGGCAUUACGUUGUAGAUGGAUGACCAAAAAGGAAAAUGGCAAGCGAAGGAAAGACGAUCACAAUUCAUCAAGGAAAAGUAAAGACAAAAAGGAAAAAGCUACAGAUUCUUUGACAAAAUCAUCGCAAGUUGCAAACCGCUCCAAUGUCCCUCCGUAUGCUCAAUCAGCGAUUUCAAUGGAUAAUGAUGAUGGAAUUUCGUAUAAAGCCAUUGGUGGAGCAACUGGACAGCUUCUUGAGCAAAGUGCUCAAGCCCUGGAUCAAAUUUCUGCAAACUUUGCUGCUUUCAAGAUAAAUGAGAACAUCAAUCUCUUCUGUCAAGCUCGAAACAAUAUCCUGGCUAUCUUAAGCGACUUAAAUGACAUGCCGGAAUUAAUGAAGCAGAUGCCACCGCUACCUGUCAAGCUGAAUGAAGAUCUCGCCAACUCCAUCCUUCCAAGAACAUCCUUGACAAAGAAAUCUUGA